GACAAAAAGACAAACAUCGUGUCUUAGAGAUUUCCCAAAUCUAGACAAAAACCCCAUAUCAAAUCACACAUCAUUACCUAAAGUUUUCAAGAAGUAGUGGAAGGAAAACCCUAAUUAGCUAGAUUCAAUGGAUCCAUACUUUGAAAUCUAUAACAACCACCAACAAGAUUCUAGCAGCUUGAUCACCCUUGAAACUGGUUCUUCUUCCACUUCUCCGGCCGUAGCGACGACUCCUAGCCGCUACGAGAGCCAAAAACGCCGUGAUUGGAACACCUUUUGUCAAUACUUGAGAAACCACCACCCACCACUCUCUAUUUCACAAUGUAGUGGUGCAAAUGUGCUAGAGUUCCUUUGUUACCUUGACCAAUUUGGAAAGACCAAAGUUCAUACCAUGAUAUGUCCAUUUUAUGGGCAUCCAAAUCCACCUGCCCCUUGCCCUUGUCCACUUCGACAAGCUUGGGGCAGUUUGGAUGCCCUGAUAGGCCGUCUCAGGGCGGCCUACGAGGAGACUGGUGGAACUCCACAAACAAACCCUUUCGCGGAACAAGCUGUAAAGCUUUACCUUCGUGAAAUUCGUGAAUUGCAAUCAAAAGCAAGAGGGAUUAGCUACGAGAAAAAGAAACGAAAGAGGCCGGUUGGCACCACUACUACUACUACAAGCUGA